AUGGCGUAUCGCGAUCAGCCAGAGCCUCACCAGGCUCCAUAUUCGUCCUCGUAUGAGGGAAGCUACGAGUCGCGGCCCUACCACGACCGGAAUCCGCAAUAUCAAUUUCCUACAAAUCAAACGUCCCGCGCUUCCUCGAGCGCUGCGUCCGACGGCCACCAGCAGCCUGCCCAGCAACCGCUAAAGAACGCAAUUGGAAAUGCCUUCGACAAGUCGGACGCGGCGAGGGUCGUCGAUCCAGAUCUUAUUGCGCAGAUCACGGCCGAAGUGAAGCGAUCAGUCCUCGAUGAAAUCAAGUUAGGAGUCAUGGCGGGUGCGACGCAACCACAGCCCGCACCCGUAUCACCACAGCAAUACGUUCCACCGUCGCCCGCGUCCAUGUCUGCCUCGGUUCCACCACGAGACCUAUAUACACCUCCAUCGCCAAAGCACACGGACUUCCACAGCCAAGCUGCCGCAACUGCUGACCCCUUGUUGCGCGACCCACUGCUCAGUGGGGACGACGAUGCCCCCACGCCUCGUUGCGGAAGAAGUGCCCCCGUCGACAUACCUCAAGAGCGAUCAUCUGCACGGCCAACUCACGCGCCAAGGAUGGCCACCGAUGACUAUACCCCGAUUGAGAAGAUGUGGCAGCGCCUCUUUGACCCGGACAACCAGCCCCUGCCCCGCCUAGGCGAGUUCUUGCGGGGUCUGGCACUGCAUCUGAUCGAAGACUAUGAACCGAAAAAGAGCUUGGUCAUCUCCCCGUCCAAGAUGCUCAAGUUCUAUGAAGAGGUGAAAAUAAAAGAUGAGAUCUGCCCAUGGCAAGCAAUCUUCGGGGAGCUCUCCUACUCAUCACUGUCCAAAAUCUACCGCGAUAUGCGGUGCCAACAUCAUCUUAUACAGGAACACCCUGCUGAGCAGCCAUAUAUUCCCGCGCUCACACCCCAAGGCUUUCAGGAGUGGAUGACCGCAAUGAUCCAAGCGUAUCCAGAUGCUGAGUACGAACGAGUAGCCAAAGCUGUGCUGGAUAUGCCCAUCAGUAAUGCCGACGACCGCAAGGAGAGGUUCCCGAAAGAGCUCCCUCGAAGGAUGUUUCCAACGACUGAAAACCUGCAAGCACAGCAACGAUGCGCCGCAGCACUUUCGUCAGAGGGUGUUGGUCCCCUGCGCAAGUCGCCAACCUUCCCACCACCUCCCCCCAAGAGUCAAGCCGCCCCAGCCCCGAGUCUAGAGAGAGAACGCAGUCCAUAUGUCUCACAGCCAGAAUCGAGGUCUUUCGAGUCCGAAGACGAACCCAAAUCGACAUCCGCCCCAAUUGAACGACAGCGGCAGCCCUAUGCAGCCACUCCAGGUGCAGGGAAGACGUACGACGAUGAUCUUAGCCGAAGCACGCACUCAGAAGCAGCAGCGAACACACAGCGCAGACGAGCACAAUCAACUACUGGCCAACAGCCAUGGGGGCCUCAACCCACCGACGCGUAUCAAUCCCGUGCCGGCUCAACGGCCAACACUCGUCGAACCAGAAGCCCAAGCUUCUCCAACUACGGCACGCAAUCUGAUCCAUCCUUCCGAGACAUUCCCGCUAGCUACUACGCGUCAAACCUGCCCGAUAUUGAUGAUGAUCCCCGUCGAUACAGCAAAGACGCUGACGGCAAAAGGCACGACCGGCAUCGAAGGAGUACAGGCGGGACAAACGGCUCACUUGAUUCACAGGCUCGGUCAGUAUAUGAUGACGACGACUACAGAGGCAGAGGAGGCAGCAAUGGCUACGAUAGUCGAGGCUACGAUUUCCGCCGCUACUAG